UGGAGUUCCCUUGCCGACAACAACAAAAAGAGAGUCAAAAAACAGGCGGAGUCAGCAGGAAGCGCUACAGUGCAAUACAGACAGCAUGGACAACGUGGACACAAGUUUUAUUCCCGAUCUGCCAACGGGCGGAGGUCUUGCUGUUUACCGCAAGCGCGCUAAUUUUGACUGGAAGCGCUUGCGCUUGAUCUUCGAAACGGAACAGGGACUGCGCAUCAAGUACAAUGUGUGGCGACGCCUGGAAAGUGAUCCGCUCUUUGCACACGCCUCGCGCACCCUGCCAAUGGACGAGCAGAAGCGGGUGGUCGCGAUGCAGGUGAAUAGCAUGAAACAAAUGGAUCUGGUGCCCAAGGAAAUCGAGAACCUGAACUUCUCGUCCAAGACAAAGUAUUUGAUGUACAUCAACGAGGCGCUGAACAGCUACUCGCCCAGCUUGUCCGUGAAGAUAGCGCUGGGAGUGGGCCUGUUCAACAAUGCGAUCAGGGCGAUGGGCACCGAGAAGCAUACCAAGUAUAUUGACGCCGCCUGGAACCGGGAGAUCAUCACCUGCCUGGCCGUUACGGAGGUCUCGCACGGCAGCAACACAAAGCGAAUUCGCACCACAGCCACCUACGAUCCCAGCUCGCAGGAGUUCGUCAUCAACACGCCGGACUUCGAGGCGGCCAAGUGCUGGGUGGGCAAUCUGGGCAAAAUGGCCACCGUGGCCCUGACCUUUGCCAAUUUGAUCACAGCCGACGGCGAGAACCAUGGACUGCAUGGCUUUCUCAUACCGAUUCGCGACCCGAAGACAUUGUUGCCCUAUCCGGGCGUCCUGGUCGGCGACAUUGGCGAGAAGAGCGGCCUGAAUGGCAUCGACAACGGCUUUGUUGUCUUCACCAACUAUCGCAUACCGCGCGACAAUCAUCUCAAUCGGACGGGCAACGUGACGCCCGAGGGCGUCUACGAGAGCGUCUUCACCGAUCCCGGCCAGGCACUGGGCGCCGCCCUCGAGAGCUUCUCGGCGGGACGCAUUGGCAUCAUGCAGGAGUCGGCCAACACCCUGUGCAGCGCGGCCGUCAUCGCGGUCCGCUACGCCGCAGUCCGCAAACAGUUCGGCCCGGAACGGGAGGGCGAGGAGAUGCCCAUCAUCGAGUACCAGCUGCAUCAAUAUCGCAUUUUCCCCUACUUGGCCUGUGCCUGCGUCCAGAAGAUUGCCGUCGAGGAGCUGACCAACAUAUAUCUGCAGAUCAUCGCCCGCUCCCAGGCGGACUCGAACGGAUUCGACAUAUUGACCCAGAACGCAGCGGAGAUUCACGCGAUUAUCUCGGCAUCGAAGCCGCGCAUCACGUGGUCGGCGCGCGACGCCAUCCAGGAGGCGCGCGAGGCGUGCGGCGGCCAUGGAUACCUGUACGCCUCCAAGCUGGGCCAGAUGCGCAGCGACCACGAUCCGCUGUGCACCUACGAGGGCGACAACAACGUGCUCGGCCAGCAGGCAUCCAAUUGGCUGCUGCGCCAGUGGAGCGCCAAGGAGCUGGAGUCGCCCAUUGGCAGCGUCACGUUCCUGCGGCGUCGCGAGGCCCUGUUGCAGCUGACGUUCGCGCAGCUGCGGCAGCAGAGUCCCCUGGACAGCUGGGAGUUUGCGCUCAGCUGCUACGAGUGGCUGCUGUGCCACCUGAUGGCGCGCACGACGGCCCACAUCGAGGCGCAGCUGGCCCAGGGAGUGCAUCGCUUCGAGGCGCGCAACAACUCGCAGGUGGGGGGCGCGCGGGAGCUGUCGCUGGCCUACGCCGAGUACUUUGCCCUGCGCAGCUUUGUGGCCCACGUGCGGCAGCUGCGGCUGGAGGAGCCCUAUGUCCAGGUGCUGCGCACGCUGUACGAUGUCUACGCCUUGUGGUUGCUGGAGAGCCACAUGACCACGUUCUAUGUGGGCGGCUUUGCCGUGGGCGGCGACUUUGCGUCUGCCGUGCAGCAGCGCCUCCUGCAGAGCUGUGCGCAGCUGAAGGACAUGGCCGUGAGCGUGGCCGAUGCCAUUGCUCCGCCGGACUUUGCACUCAACUCGGUGAUUGCGCGAGCCGACGGGCUGCUCUACGAGAAUCUGCAAAACGAAUUUAUGACCAACGAGGGUGCCUUCCAACGGCCCGCGUGGUGGCGCGACGUGCUCAUACCCCAGGGCCAGGAGAAGUCCAAGCUCUAAGCCAGGCAGCGGUACAUGGGGGGGACAAGUGGCUAGGCAGGUCGAUCGGUCGGUGAACCAAUUUAGCUAGAUGUACAGCUACUGUUAUAUAGUCAUAUCGCAUCCAGGUAUUAGCUCUUACUGCAACGGUAAACACAUCAUAUAUAGGGAUUUGUAUAGAGGCCUUGACAUGAAUUGUUUCAUUUCCUUUAAUCUUUGACGAGUUUUGUGAUUGCAACAAAUCGAAAUGAAAGC